UCAAACAUGCAACCGGUUAAUCUGAAAUACAUAUUAAUCAAGAGUCUCUUGACUGGUUCCAUGAUCUACUUUUGAAAUGAGGAUGGAAUUACAGUAGAAUUUGCUGGUUUUACAUACAUUUUGUUCUUAAUUUUAAAAUUGCAAGUCACUCUAGCUGUUAUUGAUGUUGUAAUACUACGAAGACAAUGGCUUUCUUUGAUGAGAAUACAAGUGUAGUUCGCAUGAAGAGGGACUUUGAUCAGUUUGUACAGGACCAUGAUGAAAGUAGAGGGGUGGGGAUAUUCAGUUUAGACAACUUAAGCAACACUAGCUUCAGGAAUAGGUCCGGAGAUAGCGGAUCUGUAUCUGUGCAGGCUUUACUUGAGAAAGAGAAGAGUUAUAAGUUGAAAGAAGCAGACUACAUCGCUGCAAGAAGUGAGAUAACCCGACUAGAGGCAAAGAUAGCAUCACUUGAAACAUCCAAUAAGAGGGCGAAACUUGAUUAUGAACAGCAGAUAGAAGCAGUCCAAUGCGAAAAAUCACGCGAAAACCAGAGAAUGUUGGAUACUCAAUCUCAGUUGAAGUUUCUGAAGGACCGGGAGUCUCAGGCCAAUGAGGCAUUGGCAGAGUGCCAGAAAGAGGCAGAGAGACAGAGGAAGAAAUAUGAGGAACAGAUUCUCUCUCUACAGAAAGAGAGAAUACAACUUUCAGAUGAAAUACAACAGGAAAAGGAACAGAGUUGGGAAAAAAUUACACAGUUGAAAAGUGAGAUGAUGAGAAAUGACACGGAGCUGAAAAUAUGUACAUGUGAACUGGAGGAAACUAAAGCUCAGCUAAAACUUCAACUCAAGAGAUCAUCAGAAAUAAGCAACCAAAUGAAAGACUUAGAAGAACUAAGAUUAAAAUACACACAGGCGGAACAGAAAAUAAAGGAUUUAGAGUUACAAAUUGAACGUAUGGAGGAAGACCAUAUUGUCGGAAAAGCUAUGAAAUCACAAUUGACUACGUUUCAAGAAAUGGAAAAAGAAAACAGAAGAUUACUGGAUGAAAACCAGUACUUAAGAGACAUACAGGAGAACAACUUACUGCUAAAAGAACAGCACGACUCGAUGAAGAAAAAGUUAGACAGGCUGGAAGAUAAACUUGUUAAUUACAACAAACUGGUAGCUGAAAAUGAGGUUAUGAAAGCUCGAUUAGAUCAUUGGGAAAAUGCAGACAAAUCAGGACAUAGAUUGAGGUAUCUGUCACCAUCUGACUUGACAAAAAGAGUGACAGAACUACAGAAUGCAGAAGCUAUCAUGUUGUCAAAGCAGGGGGAGUUACAGACCAGCCUCCAUUUGAAAGAGAAUAGCCUGCAUAGUCUACUAGAGCAAGUGAACUCACUACAACAACAGGUGGUCAUAGAGAAAGGCAAACAUCAACAAGAGGCAGAGCUUAUAAAGAGGCUGAAAAGAAAACUCCUCCUUGUUACAAAGGAAAGAGAUGGGUAUAAACGUAUCAUAGAUUCAUACGAGAGUGAGGUUACAGUAUCCAUGGACUCAGCAGGUUCCUUAAGUAGGGUCCACCACCUUGAGGAGAGUGUACAGGGAUACAAGAAACAAACAGAGUUCCUGGAUGCAGAGUUAAACAGAGUGAACGAGGAACUUACAUCAGCUAAACAACAUGCUAGACAGGUUGAGUUGAGAUUGUCACAAUUACAGCAUGCCAGUCACAAUGGAGUAUCAUCUUCACCAGGAGAUCAACAAACCAUCCUUCAUCUUAGAGAAAGGGUUGCCAACUUGGAGAAGGCACUGGAGAAAUGUGAACAGGAAAAAUAUACACUGGAGUGUAGAAUAGAGCAAAGACAUUUACAGGGUGAUUAUGAUCCAACAAAGUUAAAGGUGCUGCAUUUCAAGAUGAAUCCUGUUGAUAUAGCAACAGAACAACGUAGAGAAGAGGUUUCUAAAUUGAAAGCAGAGAAUGAAAGAUUGAAACAGAGAAUUGAAAUUCUGGAGGAAAAUGAAGGCCGGAUAGAAGACCUCACUGUCGCUGUUGAACAGAAAUUGAAGGAGCCAGGAUCUAGCAAAGAUAUUGAAGAAAUGCGGUCACAAUUGACAACAGCAGAGUUGAAGAAUAAACGUCUGAUGGAGGCCUUUAAAAAGACGAGUCAGGAAAUACGAGAAGUAUGUUAUCAGCUGACUGGAUACAAGAUAGAUAUCCCGACUUCCAACCAGUACAGGCUGACCAGCAUGUAUGCAGAGUCCUCUAACGACUUUCUGCUAUUUAAGCAAAACUCGAAUGGCGAUAUAGAGAUGUUGGGUACAAGCUUCUCGUCGACAAUGCAGGACCUGAUGGAGAUGUAUCUUAUACGUCAAGAUAGUAUCCCAGCAUUCCUUAGUGGUGUAACACUUGAAUUGUUUUCCCGACAAACGAUGAACUUUGGCUGAUCAGUUUCAUUUGAUAUUCGUAUUAUUGAUUGAUUAACAACAUUAACCAGUGUUGGUACCCCUUGGGCUUUCAGAAUUUAGGAAAAAUAGCUUGUGUUGUUCAAGCAGUCUUAAACAGCAACUUUGAACUUGGUUGCAAAGGAAAAACUGUUACAGAUUAAAGAAACUUCAUGUAGUUAUGUACUAACAUAACAGUCUUGUUUUUUAAUGUACCAAAUUGAAAUGUACAUGUAAUUGAAAUAUAUUCUCAAAACAUG